AAAAUGAUAUUUAUCUUUUAAUUUAUUUAUUUAUUUUGAGCAGUUUACUAUAAUUUCUCAACUAUUUGUUUGUGAAGUUACAGAGGAAAGAAAAUGAGGAGGCUCUGGUUUCCCGACAAACGAUUAGGUUGUACUCUUCUGAAGCUCCAGCAAUGGCCGCUGGCUAGAGAGAUGGCCCCCCUUGGUCGCUCACUCACUGCUACUCCUUUCUAUUAUUUCUCUUCAUCUUCUUCUUGUUCUUCUUCUGAUUUAGACGAUGCCGUGGUCUCAGUCGAUCAUCAACUCCCGACGCUGGAGCCGUCAAACGACGCCGAUUCAGUAGCUAAGCUCCUUCUCUACCAUCACAACCCCUAUCACGCCAUGGAAUCUUCUCUCCAGCUACAUGGAAUUUCUCUUUCUCCGCACCUUCUCAACCAAACCCUCCUCCGUCUCAAGCACACUUCCAAAGUUGCCAUCGCCUUUUUCCACUACGCCAAGCAAAUCCCAAACCCUUCUCCUCUCACCACCGCCUCGUACAAUCUCCUUAUAGACAUCGUCGCUAAAGUUCGCCAAUACGACGUUGCUUGGCAGCUCAUUGUUGAGAUGGCGAACUACAAUCUCACUCCUACUUCUACUACCUUCCUCAUCCUCAUCCGACGGUUGAUAUCCUCCGGCCUGACACGCCAAGCGAUCAGGGCCUUCGACGACAUCGAGACCUUCGUCGGGACAAGAACGACGUCGGAGGAUUUCCACUUCUUGCUCGAUACCCUUUGCAAGUACGGAUACGUGAGGGUGGCAGCUGAGGUUUUUAACAAAAGGAGAAACGGCUUGUGUCCCGAUGUGAAGAUGUUCACUGUUUUGAUUUAUGGGUGGUGCAAGAUUGGUCGAAUUGACAUGGCCGAGAGGUUCAUGAAGGACAUGGUGGAGAGAGGGAUUGAGCCCAAUGUAGUGACGUACAAUGUGUUGUUGAAUGGGAUUUGUAGGCAUGCGAGUUUGCAUCCAGAGGAGAGGUUUGAGAGGACGAUAAGGAAUGCAGAGAAGGUGUUCGAUGAAAUGAAAAGGAGAGGGAUUGAGCCCGACGUGACAAGUUUUUCUAUUGUUCUUCAUGUCUAUAGCCGGGCUCAUAAGCCGCAGCUCUCGCUUGAUAAAUUGGAGGAAAUGAGAGAGAAAGGUAUCUCUCCAAAUGUGGCGACUUAUACUUCGGUGGUUAAGUGCCUGUGUUCUUGUGGGAGGCUCAAAGAAGCAGAGGAGUUGCUUGAUGAGAUGAUCAGAGGCGGAAUUAGUCCAUCGGCGGUGACUUAUAAUUGUUUCUUCAAAGAGUUUAGAGGAAGAAAAGAUGUGGAAAGUGCUAUGAAAUUGUAUAGGAAGAUGAAGGAGGAGAGUUUGUGCAUGCCUAGUCUGCAUACAUACAACAUUUUGGUUGCUAUGUUCUUGGAGCUGAAUAGUUUGGAGAGUGUUAGAGAGAUUUGGAAUGAUAUGAAGAAGAGUGGAUGUGGGCCAGAUUUGGAUUCGUACACGACAUUGAUUCAUGGAUUAUGCGAGAAGCAAAAGUGGAGGGAGGCUUGCCAGUAUUUUGUGGAGAUGAUAGAGAAGGGUUUUCUGCCUCAGAAAGUCACUUUUGAAACUUUGUACAAGGGAUUAAUACAGUCUGAUAUGUUGAGAACUUGGAGGAGAUUGAAGAAGAGACUUGACCAAGAGUCUAUUACGUUUGGUUCUGAGUUUCAAACUUAUCACCUUAAGCCUUAUAAGAGAUAAUAUGUGCCCACACUAAUAAGCAAUUAUAAACAAACACAUUUUGAGUACCGGAUCA